GGGCGGGGCGGAAAAGUCUGACUUCCGCCUUAGGAACCAGGUGCAUGGUGGGAAUUGUGCAAGUACCCUUUUAGCUCGCUAGCUGUUCUCGUGCUGUGUAAGUCCUCAUUUUAUCUGUAAUGUACGUUAUCAGUGACAGUACGACCGGUUUUAUACAUUUCCCAGUUAAAGUGGCCCUGUGGUAAACAUUUAUUUGCAACACGUAGCUACGAAAUACCAAAAAAGCGAAGAAACUGCAGUUCAACCAGUAUCACUGGCAUUAAGCGAUGGCUGAGGUGGAGCUGUCCUGUGUGGCCUAUGUGAAGAUGUACUUGCACGCUUCCCUGUUCCCACACUGUAGCGUGAAUGGGCUGCUCCUCUCCUCCAGCCCACCAGGGGGCGAUGUGUGCAUUAGUGAUUGCGUUCCACUUUUACACUCGCACCUCCCACUGGCCCCUAUCACGCAGCUCGCCCUAACGCAGGUGGACAUAUGGUGCAUGCAGACAGACAAGAGGAUUGUGGGAUACUACCAAGCUAACGCCAGCAUAUCGGACUGCAGUCCUACCCCCAGUGCGCUGAAAGUGGCUGAUCGCAUCUGGGAGCAGUGCAAUCAGGCUGUGCUGUUAAUGAUGGACAAUGCCAAGAUGUCAGUGGAAUGUCGAGUUCCUCCCAUCGUGAUGUACGAACGCAGAGAUUCGAGGUGGACGCUAAAAGACAAGCAGACGAUCAUGUUGCGUCAGUGGGAGGAGACUCGUUCGAUAGCCAAUCAGUUACUGGAUGCCAGGGAUCAUACAUUACUGGUGGAUUUUGACACUCAUCUAGAUGACAUCACAAAGGACUGGACCAACGAGAAACUCAAUGCCAAGAUUGCUGAACUUGCGUCAACUGCCAAUGGCAAAAUUUGAACGACAUAAAGAAUAUAUGUCUGAAAUGUGAAUAUGCAAAUGAACACUGGGUAGUUUGUUUCUAAGCCUACAUUUUAACACUGAUAUUAGAUUAUUCAAAAUUGUUGCUACAACUAAUACAAAAAUGUUAGCUACUGUAACAUUUAUACAGAGGUUGUGGAUUUGCAUAAAGAAUCGAACAUAUAAA